AUGGCUCCAUCUCCAGAGGGCCCUCGUGCGUUUACCAUUACUGCAACGAAUAAGGGAGGCUUGCUGGUCAUUGCCAGCACUACGUUGAUGUCAUGGAUGGUUCUAUGCUUCAUGUUUCGGACAUAUACUCGAAUGAAUAUCAAUGGCCCCUUUGGCGUGGAUGAUUUAACCGCUGGAAUUGGCACACUCUUUGGAGUGAUUCAUGUCAGUGUUUUACUCAAAGCCGUAACCGAGGGCUUGGGGAAAUCCAAGUCUAUCCUUGAUGCCACCCAGAUCAAUGUCGCCGAGAAGUUCCUUUAUAUCAGCGACAUUUUCUUUCUUCUUGGACACUAUGCUGCUAAGGUCUCAGUUGCCCUCCUUGUCAGGCGGCUGGGUCGGGAACGGUUAUACCGACGGAUCUGCUCAGGAAUUAAGCUCCGAUGGCAGUUUGCAGCUGCGUUUGAUGUCUUGAGUGAGAUGUUGAUUCUUAGUAUUGUGAUAUACCUCGUUUGGGGCCUACGCAUGUCGUUGACAAGUAAAGCUGUUGUCGUUGCUGCGUUUGGUUGUAGGAUUCCGACGAUACCUGCUACUAUUGUCCGUGUCAUUAGCAUCGACGGCGCUGUUACUCCCAUCGACCCAACACUGCGAAGCGUUGAUUCUAGUAUAUGUACCGAGGUGCUACUUCACUAUAGUCUGAUGGCGGCAACUAUCCCAUGCCUUAAGCCUUUUGUGAUCGCAUUCAAUACCGGGUGGGGCCAAGGACAAGGCAAGGGAAGUAGCUAUGUUCUGAGGAAUUCAUAUGGAGAGUCCACCAAACGAAUCUCUCGGACAGUAUGUGGGCAAAAUCUUACGGCAGACCACUUCAGUGAUGAGCCAUGCGCACAUGCCACUGAGGCAACCGGGGAGUUUGUUGAUAAUCGCACUGAGAUUAGACCUGGGACUAUUGAAAGUGACGGGUCUCAGAGAAUGAUAAUCCAGGAGACUCGGUCUUGGAUGGUUGAGCACGAAAGCUAUGAGUUGAGGGAGUGCACUUCGGCUGGCAAAUACGGCCAUAGUGGGACAGUCUAUUCAGCCGGAAGCUGA